CCUACCACCACCAUGUCCCAGUCAGACAACGCGAACGACUCGUCCCAACCGCGACGCUCACACCGAGAGCGAAAGCAGGCCACGGUAUUUGUCUCAGGAGCUUCACAGAAGCGGAAACGCACAGAUGUUGAUACUGGUGACGAGGGCGAUGAUGAUAUGAACGGGGCCGAGUUUCCUGACGAGGACAAUGAACGUGAAGAGGAAGAAGGUGAGGAGUAUCCUGCCCCGAAAGCGAAGAAGACAAGUGCGAGCCCGGACAAGGCGAAGGGGAAAGCGAAGGCGACAUCCACCGUCAAACGGCCGCGCACAGCGAAAGCAGCAGCCACACCUAAGGCGCCGGUAACUGGGGCUCGAAGAGGCAGGAAACCUAAGGUAGCAGGAGACGCGUUUGACGCGGAUAAAGUCGCGAAGGAGGCCAAGAUCAACAACGACAACGUACUCUUCAACGCCAUCAUUAAUCCUUCAGCUGCGCUGCAGUCAACAGUGGAGGAUUUCCUCGAGUCACUCACUGAGUCUCCAGGGCCCGCUCAGGCAGAACUCGUCAACUGUAUCCUCCGGUGUUGUGGUUGCAAUGACACAGUCGAUGCGGACGCAGCGGUGGACUAUGACGGUGUGGUUGAUGCUCUGGAUAACUUCACCGAGGCGUUGAAACAGGACAACGCUCCCCCCUAUCCUCUCACUUCCAAACUGCCCUACCUGAAGAAAUUCCACAAAGGGCUUUCCGAAUUUCUUGAACGCCUAAUCAAAUCCUCUGCGGAACUCGGUUCUCUAUAUUCGAGCGACCUCAUGCUUACCAUCAAGAACUGGGUCGUUCCUAUGUCCUCCUCGCAACUCCGAAGUUUUCGCCACACCUCCACCGUCAUCGCUCUUGAAGUAGAAUCUGCACUUUGCGAUGUAGCUGCGGCAGUGCAGAAGGAGGCUGAGAUAGUAGGCAAACAGAAACAGGGCGAGUCGAACAAGAAGAAGGGGGCGGCGAGCGCAAGAGAGAAAGAUCUGAACAGUCGGGCGAACGAGAUUAGGGAGAGAAGGGACAAGUUGAAGGAUUACAUCGACGAAAUCGUGAACACGGUCUUCGUUCACCGCUACCGCGACCUCGAUCCUACGAUUCGCACAGAGUGUGUUCGCGCUCUCGGCCUCUGGUUCAAGAAAUACCCUUCCCAGUUCCUUAAAUCUGACUAUCUACGUUAUGUUGGCUGGGUCCUUUCCGACCAGAACACCCAUGUCCGAUUGGAGGCCGUCAAAUCCCUCGUUUUCCCCUACUCAAAGUCCGAGUUUCACCUCACCCUUGACACCUUCACCGAACGCUUCAUACCACGACUCGUGCAAAUGGCCACGGCCGACACUGAGCUUUCAGUCAGAGUCGCGGUCAUCCAGGUGUUGGCAGCCAUGGACGAAAUUGGGUGCCUGCAGGAUCACCACGAGAAAGAGAGGGAAGCUCUAUGUCUUUUGGUGUUUGACGAGGAAAUGAAGGUUAGGAAGGCGGUCAGUAGGUUCGUUAGAGCCAUUUGGGAGCAGACGGUUCAGGAGAGGCUUGUUGGGAAGAGGAACGCCAAGGGGAAGGAGAAGGAGAGGGCGGGCGUUAAGGCGCUGGGGACGCUGCUUGUCAAACUCGGGAAGGCUUUGGACAAGGUUGUUGAUUCUCCUGGGGAUAGUGACGAGGAUGAGGCAGCGGAGCGAGGACUCUCGAGGGAUGCUCGUGUGAGGGAGGUUCAGGCGCUUAUGAAGUCUGAUCCAAAGACGAGGACGGCAUUGGUCGUGCAGAGCCUUUGGGACGAGGUGGAUCCGGUCAGUGACUGGGAGUCUUUGUUGGACGUACUACUGCUGGACCACUCGGCGGCAGGCGAGGGUACCAGCGGAUCUGGGGCGCGGGGGAAGAAGAAGAAGGGGAAGCAGCAGGUGAACGGAGAUGCUGAUGGCGAGUUGGAUGGAGACGGAGAUACUGACAGUGUCGUUGACGAGGCGUGGAGGCUGGACGAGGUCGAGGAAGCAGUCUUGCUGGAGGUCCUAGUGGCGUCGCUAAGGCAAGCUAAGUCGAUCGCCCAGCAGACCGCGAAGAAAGGAGAAGAAGAUCCAACGUCUUCCAACAUCACUCGUGCGCUCAUCAAGGCUCUUCCGAGGCUGUUUGCCAAGCACCAGACCGACGAGACACGCAUCGCCGAAGUGCUCGCAAUACCCAAGCUCAUGGACCUCGAUUUGUAUCUCGAGAUGCGAAUGAUGACCGCCUACACUAGCCUCUGGAGCGACAUCACCAAACAAUUUACCUCCCACUCUUCCCCCAAAGUUCUCGCCCAAUCCGUCGAUACCAUCCUCUUCAUGCUCCACUGCACCGCCCUCUCUAACGCUAACAGCACCAAGAUCCUCGAACUCGAAGACGAACUCGCUACUUCCCUUCGAGACGCCAUCGGAGGUCGGGACGAGCUCGAGAUCGCCAGUUUUGACGAGGACGAGGUCCGCAAUUUGAGCGUGAUCUGCACAAGGUUGAAGACACUGGCAGGGUAUAGGGAUAUGACCGGCUGGAUGGAAGAGGAUGAGGGAGGCAAGCAGAGUAGUGCGUGGGAUAUUAUCAAUGCGUUGGCGGAGAGGGGAAAGUUGGGGUACAAGGAAGAAGAGGCAAUGGUCGCACAAUGUCUUGACCUUUUAGCCUGCCACACAAUGUGGAAGGCAAAGUACCUGACUGCUGAACCCCAUCCUUCCCCAGAGGAGGUCAGGUUCAGAGAGGUCUUCCUAGAGCAGCGAGAGGCCUUGCUCCAGAAGUUAGUCGAAUAUGCCGUUGGGACUCAGUCCAACACCGCAGACGGCGUCCGUCGAGCCGCGUUCAUAAAUCUCAUGAAUCUUCACAUCCUUUUUGCCCCGGAAGUGGUAGACCCUUCGGGUCCUUCCCCGUCCCCGAUCUCCGCCAUGCGUGCGUUGACCUUGGAUGACGAGGUCCAAUACCGUUGUGCAGGCUUCGUACAAGCUGAGAUCGAAAGAUUUGCGGAAGAGUUAGCUGAAAAUGAUCAGGGUGAUGACCAGGGCCAAGGCGCUGACGAAGACGAGGGUGACGAGAGUCAACAUUCUGGCUCAGAGGAGGACGAGCCCGCUCCGUCGAAAAAGAAGAAAGGUACAAAGGCGAAGAAGGGCAAGAAAGGUGCAAAGGAAAGGGAAAUAAAAACCCCUCCUGCCACCCGAGCUUUCCUCGAACGUGAAUAUGCGUUCAUCCGCCUCGUGUCCACCUUCCUCCAGGCUGUCCGGAUUGGCGCAGUUCACAUGCGUCAUUGCGCUAUCGUUCUGACACACUAUGGUCGCUUGGGCCACGCUGUCGAUUCGUUUUCCAAAGCUGUCGCUGAGGUCUUGAAAGAUGAAGGGCUCUAUAAGGACAACGGAGCCGGUGUGCACGAUGUUAUCACCGAAGCUCUCCAGGAGUCGUUUACCUUAUUGCUUGAUGGUGUGGUCUCGUCCGAGGGUCCCUCUGUGGCGCUGGCAAAAAUGCUCUCCGGAUGUCUUUGGAUUCGUGGUGCUCAACUGUCUGUGGUCCGAAGGCUUGAUACGCAACAUAUCAUCAACAUCCACACGACCCUUUUGACUUGGAUCGGUAAACGUCUUGCUUUGUACGAGGCAAACAAGAACAAGAAGGGCCGUAAUACAGCCGUUCUGUUCUUCAAGGUACUACACCCUUUGGUUGCGCCUGUACAAAGCCGUGAUGCUUUGAAAAUCAAAGCGCAUAUGGAUCAGAUCCUGGAUCAGGCCAAGGUCGAGAUUGCCCCCACCUCGCAGGUGUGGGAGCCACAGCGAGCGUACGAAAAACGCCUUGCCAACGUGAUGUCAAAGACGAAAGGCGGUGCGAAGAGCCGAGCGGCGAAAUCGAAGGACGUCGUUACCACAGACGACGAGGAUAUCGUCGACGACAUGCUUGACGCAAAUGGCGAGCCAACUGCUCCUAGACCAUCUCGGCCACGUCCACGAGCUGUCCGUCGCUCGAAGCGUCUCUCAGACUCGGAACCGGAACCAGAACCCGUGGAGGCUUCUGAACCAGAGAGUGAUCAAGCCUUGUCUCCACCACCACCGUCCGAGCCACCCGAAGACAUUGCGGCGGCUACAAAUGAAGUUGUAGCACCCCCCACUCCGAUCACGGCACCGCGUCGACCUCGUGCUAAGCCUAAGGCGAAGGAGAAGACCCAACAGAAGUCUCCAACGAAGAAGCGGACGCGCGGACAGGCACGGGAGACUGAGGAGGAAGACGAUGGCGAAGAUGAGGACGGAGGUGAUGCAGAGGCUACGCCUAGAGCCUCGCGGAAGCGUAGAAGGUCACCUCUAGAUGAAGAGGAAGAAGGGGAGCCGAUGGGGAAUGACCAAGGGGAACAAGAACAGGAGCUUAGUCGCCAUUCAACUCCUCAAGCCCUACCAUCACCUGCUUCAUCGACGGGUGAGAUCAAAGUACGACGAAAGAGAGCGCGCCAUUAAAGUUCUUGGGCGUACUGAGCACGUUUUCUUUCUUGUCUCUUGUGAAGCUCGCCACCUCCCUGUGCCACCCCUGGUUUGCUCGUCUUCCUUGUUCCUAUUUGCAGCCGACGCUUCUCACACCAUGGUUUCUUUACAGUCCUUUAUCCAUCUUCCCGCUUCGUCUUGCUCUCUCGAAUGUUCGAUCUGUAUCGUAAAAUGUUCACCAUGCUUUUAUCUGCCUGCUGUCGCUCCAUGUAUUGCUCGCUCUGCGGAUAAGUCUGUUCGUUUGUUGUUAGAACCUCUGCAUACAGUCUUAUCAACUGCGUGUUCCUAUUUGAAUGGCACCUGGUCAGCUUGAUGGCUGCAUAUAGCUCGUACUUUCUUCCCUUCCCCCACUAUUCGUCCCGC